GACUUACCCAGUGACUUUGAUCUCAACGAUGAAACUGUUGAUCGUCUUGUCCGGUCUGAUAGCCGUCAGCUUUGCGGCUACAACCACAAACUCCCAUGCCUUGGCCGAGUUCUCAGCGAAGGGAAUCUCGGUGUGGUCCAGUGGAGGGUGCCACGAAAAAUACAACGGCCACUGCACAUCGUUUGACGGUCUCCAGUUAGUCUCUCUAUCAGGUGUCCUCAAGUUUAAGCAGACAAGUGGUUGUGCAAUCACCAUUACCGGAGGCACCGAAGUAGGCCAUGCCUCGGGGAGCUACAGCCACGGUAAUGGCUACAAACUGGACAUAAGCGACACUUCCUGCGUUACCAACUACAUCACAGGUCACUACCGUCACACCGGAAGUCGAUCAGAUGGGGCUGCGCUGUACGCUGAUCCUCACGGUAAUGUGUUCGCCCAUGAGUCCUGGUUGCACCACUGGGACAUCACAUGGUACCACUACACAAAAUAAAUAACCGUCUGUUCAUAGUGGAAUAAAACCAUUUGCUAUAUCA